CUUUUUUUUUUCUAUACUAUUCUUUUUUUUAAGUUUUUCAUUUAUAUAUACAUAUACAUACAUAUAUAUAUAUAUAUAUAGCACCUGGAAAAUUUCAUUGAAAAAAAAGUUGUAGCAGGGUGUCUAUUUUUUGUCGCACUUUUCCUACCUAAUUUUCAAUUUUGCUGAAGUGGUCGCGGGAGACAGAGGGGUUAAAUAAACAUUGUUUACAUUUGAUUCUGAUUAAAUAAAAUUUCAGUUUUUUUUUAGAUUAAAUAAAAUGGAAAAUAAAGAUGUUGAUAAAGCAACACUUACUUCAUUAAUUGUAUCAUCUAUAGCUGCUCUAUCUGUACCACCAUUAUCUGUUUCAGCUGUUCCACCUUCCACUGAUCUAACUGUGCCAUCAUCAUCUACUCCAACUGUGGCAUCUUCAUCUGCUCCAAUUGUGCCAUCAUCAUCUACUCCAACUGUGCCAUCAUCAUCUACUCCAACUGUGCCAUCAUCUGCUCUAACUGUUGGGGGAGGGGGUUACACGCCCCUUCCGUACAUCAAUGCAAGUUGUGUAUUUGAAUUCCUGUAAAAUAUAGUUUUAUUAUGUAUACUAUUGAUUUCAAUGUAGUAAAGAUAAAAAUUUUAAUGAAAA